GUGCCUCCCAUGUCCUCGUUUUAAACUUACCAAAGGUCUCUAGAGUUCUAGAGGAGAGACGUACUCUCUCAAACAGCAUUACAAAAGCCACCCAUUUUUGUCUGCUACUGGAAGACAUAGAAAAGUGUGGUCCUUCUACAAGUUUCAUAAUUGGGAUUGGACAUAGCUGAACGUUUGUGUUAUUUUAUUUCAGAUAAAGGACAUUAGUAAGUGCCUUGAAGAUGAGUGUGCCAAGCUUUUCAGAAGAUCAUGUCAUACUGGCGGAGGCGAAAAAGGAGGAAGAUGACAUUCCAGAUCUGCCCCGUGGCCCCUUGGACAUUUACAGGAGAAAAGCCUCUUUCAACUGGAAGGACAUGGCUAGGUUCAUUGAUGGGGACGAAAUUCUUGCGUUCAAGCGGCACGUGUGGUCCACGAUAGAGAACGACCCGCUGUUUGCCCGGCAGGCUGGUGAAGACGUGUCCCUGGAGCGCAUGCGCGAGAUCACCUUCCGGCGCUGCAAGCAGCUCUUCAAGUACGACUUCCUGCCGCGCGAGGACAUGAUGGCAAUGCCCUGGAAGACCACCGUGCUCAACGACUGCCUGGGCAUGUACGACUGGUCCCUUGGGGCCAAGUUCUUCCUCAACAAAGGGAUGUUUGGGGCGACGGUGGCCAACUCUGGUUCGCAGCGCCAUGAGAAGUUUGUGGAGAGCACAGAGAACAUGACGACCUUUGGGUGCUUCUCCCUGACGGAGCUGAGCCACGGCAGCAACACCAGAGCAAUGAGGACAACGGCCACAUAUGACCCCAAAACACAGGAGUUUCUGAUCAACACUCCUGACUUUGAGGCGGCUAAGUUCUGGGUGGGCAACCUGGGCAAGACGGCAACACACUCUGUGGUCUUCGCCCAGCUCUACACUCCAGACGGGGUCUGCCACGGGCUGCACUCGUUUGUCGUUCAGGUGAGAGACUCCAAGACGCUGCUGUCCAUGCCUGGAGUUACGGUGGGAGACAUGGGCAAGAAGCUGGGCCAGAACGGCCUGGACAAUGGGUUUGCCAUGUUCCAUAAUGUGCGUAUUCCACGGGAGAAUCUCCUGAACAAGACGGGCGACGUGACGCCAGAGGGGAAGUACGUCACACCAUUCAAGGACCCCAAUAAGCGUUUUGGGGCGUCGCUGGGUGCCCUGUCUGGUGGCCGCGUGUCCAUCUCCCGCAUGGCCGUGGUCAACCUGAAGUUGGCGGUCACCAUUGCCGUACGCUUCUCCGCCACGCGACGCCAGUUCGGCCCGCGAGACGACCACGAGAUCCCUGUACUAGAGUACCAACUGCAGCAAUGGCGUCUGAUUCCCUACCUGGCGGCGGUGUAUGCCCUGGAGCAUUUCUCCAAGACCUUCUUCAUGAACUUCGUGGAGCUGCAGAUUGGACUCAUUAUGAGGGACAAGAGCGACAGACAGUCGGAGCUGGGGCGUGAGAUCCAUGCCCUCUCCUGCGCCAGUAAGCCCCUGGGCUCCUGGACGGCUCAGAGGGGCAUUCAGGAGUGCAGAGAGGCCUGCGGAGGACACGGAUACCUAGCCAUGAAUCGUCUGGGGGACCUCCGCAAUGACAACGACCCCAACUGCACCUACGAGGGGGACAACAACGUGCUGCUGCAGCAGACCAGCAACUACCUGCUGGGAUGGCUCCACCACAAGCAGAGAGGUGGGGGCCGUAUUGAGUCUCCUCUGGAGUCUGUGAACUUCCUGGAGGACUUCCACUCCAUCCAGCAGAGCCACUUCACCGCAGCAUCCAUGGAGGAGUGCCUGGACUCGGCAGUGCCGCUGGCUGCGUAUAAGUGGCUGGUGUGUUUCCUGCUGAAGCAGAGUGAUGAGAAGCUGACCCAGGAGAAGGCCAGAGCACAGGGAGACUUUGAGGCCCGCAACAACAGCCAGGUGUACUACUGCCGCUCGUUGGCCAUCGUGUUCAUAGAGCACACGGUGCUGCAGCGCUUCCACGACCUGGUCCACGACGAGGACACCCCGGCUGACCUCAGACCAGUGCUACAGCGCCUGGCCGCCCUCUACGGCCUCUGGAGCCUCAGCAACCACAUGGCCACACUGUACCAGGGAGGAUAUUUCUCUGGCACGGCACCUGCAGACUUCAUCCAGACGGCCAUUCUUCACCUCUGCACUGUGCUGAAGGACGAGGUGGUGUCGUUGGUGGAUGUGAUCGCUCCUCCUGACUUCAUCCUCAACUCUCCCAUUGGCAAGGCGGACGGUGAGCUCUACAAGAACCUGUGGGCCACGGUGAUGCAGGGUGACAAGGUCCUGGAGCGGGCCGGCUGGUGGAAGGAGUUCUGCUCCGACAAGCCCGACGUGGGCUCCCUCCGCGCCAAGCUGUAGACUGACGGACACUCGGCAUGGCUACCAUUGGAAAGGCAAAGGCAGAGUGUACUCAAUUGUCAAUCAAUUGUCAACCAUGUCACGGACAUUGCAGAGGGUGACUGCCCAAGCUCGAAAUGUGCAACUGAAACAAGAAAACACCAAUCAACCACACUAUAGAAACCAUACAAUUCUACACACACACACACACACACCACACACACACACCACACACACACACACACACACACACACACACACACACACACACACACACACACACACACACACACACACACACACACACACACACACACACACAUUUUGGACAUGUACAACAUACUGUCAUAUGCAGUGGACAUGUUCAAAGAAAGACCUCAGGUGUAGGGUGCAAUAGGUUGCACGCAAAGUGUGGACAUAAGAAUGUGUGCAACAUUUGUCAGUUGGACGAUUGGUCAACAAUUAUUUGGUAUCUACCUGGUCUUGUCAAAUCCGUACAUAGACGUUACCAGUUGUGGUAUUGUGUUCGCCUUUCGAAGAUCAUUGCUAUGUUAUACAUUUUUCAAGUUUACCUUUCUUUUUUUUUCUUCCCUUCUGUGUCUUUAUAUUUCAGUGUCUCACUAACUCAAGCUACCACUCUGUCUCUCUUUUUUUGUUUUCUGUUAUCAGUCUAAAGUAAUGCACUUUUUCCUAUCUUUCUUUUUUUUCUAUAUCGCUGUGCUCAAAUCAGAUGUGACAAGGGAUAAUACCGGAAGCAAGCUGUACCCAGAUCAGUUGCAACUUGGGAUUGGGCUAUAUGGGAAUGACCCAGCUAGAUUUACUGCUCUUUUAAUUGGUGUUAGAGCCAAAAAAGGCACAAGAGCUCAGGUCUUCUCUCUCUAGGCUCAUUACAGCAUAAAACGUGUUUUUCAGAGAGGAGAUGUAGGCCAUGGUCUCUCAAUCACUUUCCUGUGCCACCAGCAACACACAUUAUUUUUAAGCAUUUAACAAUGUGCUAAUUGCUUUUACACUAAUUAUAUUUCAUUUUGGAAAUAAUGUAAAGUGUGUAAACAUAAGUGUCACAAAUCAUGUAUAUUUUGUAUAAAUAAUAGAUCGAUUUAAUACUUUCAAAAAUGUAAUCUUGCUUAUUUAGAUGAAUAAACUGCAAAUC